AUGGAAUUUAAUACGAAACAUCGAAAAUUAUCAAAAAACAAAAAUUCUAUUCGUACAACUGCAUCUGCUAAAUCCCGGUUAACAAAGAAACGAACUGUUACACGAAAAAGGAAAUGCGUAUGUCUUCCUGAAAAUUAUUCAGUAGUAGAAUUUCCUGCAAUAUGGAACGAAUUAAGAUUAAACGGUCAACUUUGUGACGGUACAAUCGUAUGCAGAGAUAAAAAAUCUAUACAAGUUCAUCGAGCAAUACUUUCAGCAGUUAGUCCUUAUUUUAAAGCUAUAUUCAUUAACUCCCUGAAGAAAGGCAAAUCAGAAGAAACUGAAAUAGUGGUCGAUGUACCAUCUUAUUACAUGAGCUUAAUACUUGAUUACGCUUAUACAGGAACAUGCAUGGUCACUGCUGAUAAUGUUGAAAAUUUGUUACCAUAUGCUGAUCAAUUUGAUGUUGUUGGCGUAAUUCAACUAUGUUGUCAAUUUCUUUUACAAGAACUUCAACCACAUAAUUGUCUCGGCAUAUUUAAAUUUGCUAGAUGCUAUUUUUGUAGCGACUUAGAAAAGAAAGGGAAAUUGUAUAUAAGACAGAACUUCGCUAGAAUAUUAAAAGAAUGCAAUGAAUUUAAAUUAUUAUCAUUCGAAGAACUAGAAGAUAUCUUGAGAGAUGAUGAAUUAAAUGUUAAAAAUGAAGAAAUAGUAUUCCAAGCAAUAAAAAUAUGGGUGGAGCAUGAUUUACUGAAUAGGAAAAUGUAUAUUCCAUCGUUAUUAACCUGUAUACGAUAUGGUCAUAUAAGUUAUAAGUACUUUAAGUCAAAAAUUUUACAAUGGCAGCCAGUCAUCGAUGAUGAAAAAUGUCAAGAAGCAUUAUAUCCCGCAGUACUGUUUCUCACUGUUUUGGAUUCAAGACCAGAUACGGAAGCAGAUCUCAACGAGCCGCUAGCAAGACCUCGAAUACCAUAUGAAAUUCUUUUUGCCGUAGGUGGCUGGAGUGCUGGGAGUCCUACUAGUUUUGUUGAAACUUAUGAUACACGUGCGGACCGCUGGUUUCUUUCCAUCCAUAUGGAUUUAUCACCGCGCGCGUACCACGGACUGUGUACUUUAAAUAAUCUAAUCUACAUGAUCGGCGGGUUCGAUGGAAGCGAUCACUUCAACACAGUGCGGUGUUACGACCCCGUAACAAAUACUUGGCACGAGCGAGCCUGCAUGUAUCAGGCAAGGUGCUACGUCAGUGUCGUUGUCCACGUCGGUGGUUUUAAUGGCCAAGAAGUUUUGAGUUCUGCUGAGAUUUUUGACCCAGACACGAAACAGUGGAGUUUUAUUCGAUCAAUGCUAAGUCCGCGUUCAGGAGUUAGUCUGAUCGCGUAUCGAGAAUCUUUAUAUGCAUUGGGUGGAUUCAAUGGCUAUAGUCGUCUUAAUACCGGGGAGCGGUUCUGUCCGCAGCGUGGUGAGUGGCAGGAAGUGACUGAAAUGUUUAGCGUCAGAAGUAACUUUGCCACUGUUUUGCUAGACGAUAUGAUUUUUGUUAUUGGCGGAUUUAAUGGUAACACCACAAUACCUCAUGUAGAAUGUUACGAUGGUGACACUCUAGAAUGGUACGACGCAGCUCCCAUGAAUUUAACUCGUUCCGCCUUAAGUGCGUGUGUUCUCGCCGGCCUUCCAAAUGCAAGAUCUUUCUCCUAUUUAGCAAAAGCUGUCCCUGCAGCUGGGGCGGACCAGGCUCAUCACUCG